AUGUUCCCGUGGUCCUAUGAGUUUGGCCGUGCUGUGUUGGCUGUGGACUACAUGGUGUUUACCCUCCGUCUCAUCCACAUCUUCGCCAUCCACAAACAGCUGGGACCCAAGAUCAUCAUUGUUGAGAAAAUGGUGAGGGCUUUCUAAAAAGAAAGAGAAAACCCUGUGCACUGCAGUGCGUCUAAGUAAUAGACUUAGAUAGACAUUGCGUCGUUGUAUCUGUCUCAUUAUGAGAGCAUGGACAGCAUCUGUGAGAGCAUGGACAGCGCCAUUGAGGCCAUCUUCAUUUUGAAGUAGUCCAUUUUCUUCUUCAACUACUUCUAUGAGUUGGCAAACAAACUGAAAGGGUGCUGAAGAUGGUGGAUAAAUUAAGAUGAACAACUUAAGCCACACACCAUAGAAUUUUUCAAGGUUCCUGUCUGUGUAAGUAGGUGUUCCCUCUCUCGCGUGAGAAUCCUUCGCCGCGAGAGCUCACAGUUCCUCUAUAAUCUCUGGCAUGGUCACACGCAAGAGUGAACAGCUGGCUUUGGUCUACUUAUUGUCCCCUCCCUGCUCGGAUCGCCCCACCUGCCCUGCCCCGACAUCUCACUGGCCCAAAAAAAUUGUCUCCUUUCUCUACCGUCUCUGGGGCACCCCCUCCGUGGGGUGGGGGCAAUAAGUAGGCCCCACCCGAUCAGAAAGAAUAAGGGAGAGGGAUGUCUCGCUGUAUCUACUGUCUCUAAGGGUGCCUACUGCCACCUAGAGUGUGUUGUUUGAACAGGUAUAAAGCCAAUGUUUGCGAUUUACUGCCACCUGCAGUUAUGGAAGUUAUGGUCAUGAGUAUAAUUAAUUGGCUGAUCUCUUCUGAUGACCUGCAUGGAAUUAUGUGAUCCUUCCUUAACCCAUAGGAAGUCCCACCCAAUUGACUACUUAAAAAUUGUGAAAGUCUUUAAUGGCGCUGGCCAUGCUAAAAUGGGAUUUUGGGCACUAGAGUCCUCUAACUAUCUCUGUGGUCUAGAUCCAGGUGCUGGUUUUGGCAGGAACAACUAGUAUCCAAAGAAAAGUGUCAAAACUGCAAAAAAAAUUGAAAAGUUAUGUUAUUUUCCCCGAUGUAAUAUUCUGUUCACCUCCUGAUUGGCAGAUGAAAUACAUAUUUUUUUCCCUCUUCUUCCUGGCGGUGUGGCUCAUGGCCUACGGCGUAGCCAAUUAGGAGCUGCUCAAGUCCUAUGACCCCCGUCCUGGUUGGAUAUUUCGCAUGGCGUUCUACAGGCCAUACCUCCACAUAUUUGGAUAGAUCCCCAUACACGAAAUGGAUGUUUUUGUAGGAAUGUGGUUUGCAUGUGUAUGUAACAUAGUAUAUUCUCACCUAGCUAUCUUAAAAUGAAUGCACUAACUGUAAAUCACUCUGGAUUAGAGUGUCUGCUAAAGGAAAUAGUUUUUAUAUAAACUGGUCUCUAUCUAUCCUUUCACCCCUCUCACUCUCUGCAUCCCCUCUCAAUCCCAUACUUCAACCUCUGCCCAAUCUACCCUCUUUGCCGUACCAUUUUAAAUAUUUAUUCUUCACACCCCUCCUUCUGCUUCUUCCCAUCCUUUCAAACUUUCCACCUCUCACCAUCUCCCUCCCUCCCUCCUCUCCAUAUCUCUGUCCGUAGCUGAUCAACUGGAGGAGGUGAGAGAGUGCACCAAUAAUGCCAGCCUGGUCGAGGCUGGGGCAGAGCCCUGCAUGAGUACUUCCCAAAAUUGGGCAUGUUAUUGGUCAUAUUCCUGCUGGUCACCAACAUCCUCCUGGUCAACCUGCUCAUUGUCAUGUUCAGGUGAUGGACCCUCUGUCUGUCCAUCUUUCUCUCUCUGUCCCUAUUUCUCUCUCUGUCCCUCUUUCAAUGUCUGUCCCUCUUUCAUUCUCUGUCCCUCUUUCACUCUGUCUCUUUUCACUUUGAUGAGUUGAGGAGAUUAUCGAGAGAUACCUUAGAGAGGUAUCGAUUCUCGAGAGACAUUACUGUAAUGUUAGUCUCGCGUAGCCAUACCUCCAAAUCACGUUUGUUGUCACGCUUCCCUUGGAAGUCUGGAGGAUUUUGUAUAGCCAAAAUGGUUUGAAUGUUCUCAGAUUUUUAAUAGAUGUUACAUUUCAAGAACCCUCCCCCCACAUGCCUGAUGAAGGAGUGCUGGGUAAAGGAGUAAAAAAAACUAGGCAAGUCAGUUAAGAACAAAUUCUUAUUUACAAUGAAGGCCUACCCCGGCCAAACCCUGACCCGGACGACGCUGGGCCAAUUGUGUGCCGCCUUAUGGACUCCCAAUCACGGCCGGUUGUGAUACAGCCUGGAAUAGAACCAGGGUCUGUAGUGAGUUGAAGGAGUGCUCUGCCCAAGCAAGGCAGUUGAUUGGUUUGAUGUGUUUGAUUGGUGCUGCAUGUUAACAUCCGCCCAAGCAAUGCAUUUGAUUUCUUUUAAGUGUUAUGAGGAGUCACUGAUUUACAUCGGGUUCCCACACCAUUUUAGCUGAUUUUGUGCCAUGAACUUCCCCAAGCUUUACGUUUAGGGAAGCCUGGUUCUUGAUGAGGCUACUGUAAUGUAAACUUGCGAAUUUCUUACAUCUCGAGCACUACCAUCGGAGGUCGCACACGGCACUAGCACGACAGUGGCCCCCUACAAGCAGGGCAAUGUAAACAGAAUUGUCUCGUUCAGCCCAACACCCCUACAGUAAAAAUCGUUAUAGCGGAGCAAUGUUUUUGAAACAGCUAAAGUGUAUAGGCAUUUUCCUUAUAUUAGAGACUUGUUUAUUUAUUUAUUUUAAUCUGAAAUUGCAGUAGAAGCCUGUUACUCUGAAAUUGACGCCAUAGCUUUAAGGGAAUUGCGGAAUACCGUAAUUUAUUUCAAUGCAAAAGUGAGCUGAAACACAAGUAUCAACUUCCCAGUGAAUAAGCAACUUUUUUAAGUCGCAAUUGGCAUUUUUUCAUGUAAUGAUUUGCAUGAUAUUGAUGAAAUGAAGCAAGGUAGGCCGAAAAGCAAUCCAGUUAAACCCUAUGAAAGUCCUGCCUACUUCCCUUAUAUUCGUAUUCGUGGAAUAAUUGACUUCUUACCUGAUGCCUUUAUUGAAAGUAAUUUUUUCUUAAUUCGAAAACCUUACAUUAUUAUUAACAUAUUAUGUAAAUUGACAUUUCAGACCAAUACCUCUACUUCACUUCUUUUCAAUGAGAAUAAACUCUCUAACACUCUUUUCCAUCUAGCACCCCCUCCCUACCCCUUUUUCACUCUCUUUGUGUUCCCCUUGACAGAUCGUCACUCAUUCAGUAGGCCCCUCUAAUCCGUGGGCUGAAUUCCUCUUAUCUUAUCUAGUUCCUCACUGUGUCUUGAAUAGUGUUGUUGGAUUUAAUUUAAUUUAAUCAAUUUGAUUGAAUUUUUUAAUGUUUUACUUGAGUGUUGUCAUAUUCCAUAUGUUUUCCGGCUCUGCUUUCAUGUGCUUCAUUUGUUCCCAAAACGUCAUGAACUAAAAGGUAUAAUAAAAAACCCAAAAUGUAUAUGAGUGAGAAUCACCUAUUCCCUGAUAUUCAGGCAUUUCACUGUGGCUGCCAUUCUCUCUCUCUUUCCUCCAGUCACACAUUCUCCAAAGUGCAGGAGCACAGCGACACCUACUGGAAGUUCCAGCGCUACAACCUGAUCGUGGAGUACCAUUCCAGACCCUGUCUGGCACCACCCUUCAUCCUCAUCAAGAGACACAUCCGCAAGAUCAAACUCUUUGGUGAGAGAGGGGAGGGAGAAAGGGAGACAGCGAGGAAAACAGGUCCACGCCAGAACGAAUCAGUUGGACAGACAUUUGCGCAGACGCUCUUAUCCAGAGCGACUUAGUUAGUGCAUACAUUAUUAUUUUUUUCAUACUGGCCCCCCGUGGGAAUCAAACCCACAACCCUGGAGUUGCAAACAUCAUGCUCUACCAACUGAACUACAUCCCCGCCGGCCAUUCCAUCCCCUACCCUGGACCAAUUGUGCGCCGCCCCACGGGUCUCCUGGUCGCGGCCGGCUACGACAGAGCCUGGAUUCGAACCAGGAUCUCUAGUGGCACAGCUAGCACUGCGAUGCAGUGCCUUAGACCACUGCGCCACUCGGGAGAUUUCUGUAGGAUGGCACGUUUUCUCACGGGACCUCCUAUGUAUUUAUUUUUUAAAUUGUAUGGGGUUUAUUGUAAAGACAUGUAAUUUAACUGUAAACAUGUCUUACAUGUUAAUGUGGCAUGAACACAACCAGUCAUGAUGUUUUCAUCAGAUUGUCAAACAAAUCAAUUCAAAAAGUAGGUUAGCUUUGCAGGUUCGUCCCCAAAAAUGUCCAGCAUCUGAACAGUGCACUGUGCACCCGCCAACUUUCCUUCAAUCCGCAAGUGGCUGAAACUAUCUCACCGGAGAAAGCAUCAGAGUGAGUGUCCCUCUGUCUUACUAUAGCCCAUAUAUCUAUAGCCCUAUGAGAGUAUGGCAUGUCAUACUCUUUUUGGCCAGACAGCAUCAGAUACAUGGACUACACUUGUUGAGACAGAGAGGCGCUGUUUCGCUCACUCAGAUGCUUUAUCUAAGAUUGAUGCAUCUUUCUGUCUUUGCGUAUCUCUGUCAAAUAAAUUAUUUAUAUUUUUAUAUUUUGUUUGGACGGGCAAGGAUAUACGGUAGGGCGGGCCAGGCCCCCUAAGGGCCACCUAUAACACCGGCCCUGGAGGAAGACCAAUGAUCAGAUAAUUUACUUAAAGUAUUUUAGAAGUCCACUUCCAUUUUUCUCAUUUUCACUUCUUCACAAUUUCUUUGUUCUUCCCUCUCUUCCCCUCAUCCUCUAUCCCUCCUUCAGUUCUGGAGAUCCAUGGUAGGGAGGCCAGUAGACUGAACACGUGGGAGGCCAUCCAGAAAGAGAAUAUACUGUUUGCUCAGAACAAACAAGAAAGAGAGACUCAGAGAGACUCAAACGCACCUCCGUCAAGUGAGACAUCUCUCCAUCUCUCACCUUCGGCCACUUAUUUAUUUCAUAGACUAGAUGCCAGAUUAUUUUAACAGCUUCAGUUAACAGCUCAGCUUGAUCAGGCUAAUGAAUAGAAUGGUUGAGAUGCUGUAGCUGAUGGCCCUCCUGUGUUAGGGAUUGGGUCAAUUACAUUUUCAAUUAACGAAUCGAACUUCAAUUCACUUCCUGAAUUGACUGAGAAGUGAAUUGGCCUUUAACCUGUGUUGUGGUCCUGUGUUGUGGUCGUGUAUGAAGGAUGGACAGUGUCUUAAAGCAGAUGGCAGAGAACUGGGUCCACGACCACAGGCUGAGAAUGCUGGAGACCGAGGUCAGUGUCAGCCUGGGCCGCUGGUCGCAGCACACACACACACACACACACAGGCUGCAAACGCCUGCUUUAUCUGCCCAGUGGCAAUGAGACAAACGUGUCUGAAGUUUCAGUGGUCCUUAAUAGACGGGAUGGUUCAACUUUCAAGUUUUGUUAGUCGUAUGUACGGUAUACGCAUGGCAUACAUCGUCCAACGAAAUGCUUACUUGCAGGCUUCUUCUUGACAAUGCAACAACAGUAAGAAAUAGUACAAAUCAAAUAAGAGUGUGGUAGCAGCAGUUGUGAUUUGUGCUAAGGUGCGGAGAAUCAGAGCAGGUCUCCCUCUGCAUUUGGACUGCUGCUGUUGUAUCUGCCUGCUCAGCACUGUACAGAGCCCAUCUGUCAUGGUCACCCCUCUCACCCCCCCACCCCCCCCCCCCCCCCCCCCCCCUCUCUCACUCUCUUUCUCUCCGUCCUUCUCCCUCCUUCUCUCCCCCCUUUCUCCCUCCUUCUCUGCCCCCUCUCUCUCAUUCCCAGUUGGAGUACUGUUCCAGUGCUCUCUUCUGGAUGACAGAGGCUCUCUCUAAGAGUAACUUGAUAAAGCCCACAUGUCCUCUGCCGCUCUCAGAGGUAAGGUUGCAUGCAGAUAUAUGUAAUACAUACAGUAUAUAUGAUAUAGGUUACAUAUAUGAUCUAUUUCUAUGUAAGGUUGCCUCUUACCUCUGAGAGACCUUUCCAGUCAAAAUUGAAAUGUACUUUAUUGAUCCCCAGUCAAUUGUAUUACUUGGUUUUAUGUACUAAUUUCAGUUUCUAUUGUGUUUUCUCUUUCAGAUCUGA